AUGGCAGGAUUAGCUCAUCAUUAUUCUCUCCGUCGGACUUCUAGGAUAUUCAAUAAAUUAUUCGUGUUUGGAGAUUCCUACGUUGACACUGGCAACUUUAUAGGCACUGAUUUUGAAAGCACGUAUCCGAAUGGAAUUACCUGGUCCGACAAACCUGCUGGGCGUGCCUCUGAUGGUCGGGUUCUCACAGAUUACUUUGCGAGCUUUCUAGGCCUUGAAUCUCCCAUCCCAUAUAUGCAAUUGCAUAAUGUACUAAUGCAGAUAGAUGGUGUCAACUUUGCSUUUGGUGGAUCUGGUGUAUUUAAGACACUAUUUCCUGUGCCAAACUUGAAUGACCAAAUCGACUUCUUCCAAGGGCUUAUUGAUAACUCUAYGCUUCCUCCACAAUACAUUGACUCUUCUAUAGCUCUUGUCUCUGUGUCUGGCAAUGACUAUAUGACUUACCUUGUUAAUCAUUUCUUUGAUUUGGCGGGAUUAGUCCAGGGUUUGGAGCCCUUCAUUCGGUCGAUGGUGGACAAUACCAUAGAGGACUUGAAACGCAUCCAUAGUUUGGGAGUGAAGAAAGUAGUGGUUACAACGUUGGGACCAUUGGAAUGUGUCCCGAUGUUGACCUUGUUUCUAUCUUAYGAGCGAUGYGUUCCAAUUGUAAAYUCCGUGGCCGAUUACCACAACUAUUUGUUACAAGAAGCAAUCGCCAAAUUGAACAUUGAAACAAAUACUGAUGAUCCUUGUUUCUCCAGUCUCGAUCUUCAUGCUGCCUUCUCCUCCAUWAUCCAAAACAAGGGAUACCCUGAAG